AUGAAAUCCAUUGUGCUUGUCGCUGGACUUCUGUCAUUCGCAGAUUGUACCAACGUGAACAGACGCGCAGCAGAUUUUCAGAUACUCCCGGAAAAUGGCGCAAAAGACGUGAAUAUUGACACGCAUCUGAUACUUACCUUCCUUUCAACACCAACCAUCGGUACCUCGGGCAACAUCACAGUAUAUGAUGUCACAAAUGGGCAUGUCGUGGACACCCUCGAUCUUUCAGUACCUUCAUCACCCAGUCCAUUUGGAAACGGUUCAACGAAAGCGAACUAUACUGAUGAGGCGACGUACCAAACCAAUAUUGUUGGUGGAGUUGACUUCUACUUCUUUCCUAUCAUCGUCAGGAACAACAUCGCCACGAUCUACCUUCACAACAACCGACUUGAGUACAACAAGACAUAUGGGGUCAUGCUGGAUUCAGAGAUUCUGACGCUAUCCGGUGGUCAAUUCCAGGCGCCUGACUCAUGGUCCUUCAAGACAAAAGCCAAUGGUCCUGCGAUAGACGCCAAAGAGGCGACGGUAGCUGCAGAUGGCUCGGCAGAUUUCAGCACUGUUCAAGGCGCCAUUGAUUGGGCGCCAGCAAACCCCCCGACCCAAACGGUUAUACGUAUCAAAGAAGGCUUCUAUGAAGAACUCAUUUACUUCCAGUACAAGUCAAACCUCGUUAUUCGUGGCGAGACACGCAACAAGACUAUCGUAGGCUACCCCAACAACUCGGCUUUCAACCCACCAAACCGUCAGGGUCCGUCGCGCCGACCAGCUUUCUCAUUCAAGGGGGUCUUUGAUCUACAAUUGAGCGGCUUCACUAUCAACAAUUACUAUCGCGGGCAAGCUGAAGCGCUUCUGAUCGACGGUGUCCGCAUUAUUGUCGAUCAUAUGUAUCUCAACGGCUCUGGCGAUGCUUUGACCACAUAUGGCACUGCAUAUAUCACUGAAACUACACUAUGGGACGAUGGGGACACCAUACUGGGCUAUGGCUCAGUAUUCUGGAGUCGUAGCAUUAUUAUCACUACCGCGGGACCCGUCUCUUGGACGCGCACACCCCAAGGCGUCCACGGCAACGUCUUACUAGACUGCACUGUCAUCAGUGAGCAAGGCAAUAGUACGCUCGCUCGUCUUCCUGACAACACUGGUGGUGUUGCGUCCAACUGGCCAUAUGCAGAGAUGGUACUGUUGAACACACAGCUUGUGGGUAUCGCACCUGAAGCUUGGGGUCCGGUACAAGGGCCACCUUUUGAUGCGUCGCAUGUACGCUUCUGGGAGUACGAUACAACGGAUGCUGACGGGAAGCCAGCAGACUACUCACAACGGCUGAAUGUAUCGAGACAGUUAACAUCACCGGCAGACGAUGUGAUCGUGCAGCGGUAUACCAAUCCUGUAUUUGUGCUCGGAGGUUGGAAGCCAACUGUAGUGUAG